CCCGUUGCAGGUCUGGAGACCUUCAUCUCCGUGGCUAAGACGCUCCCAUCGCCUGACAUAUAUGAUGUCGUGGAGGGAUACAUGAAAAUUUCCAUGGAGUGUGCUGAAAUAUUCAAACUUAUGGAUGGAGAAAGAAAGCCUGAAAGUGAGAUGCUGUUAAUCUUUCAAGCUCUAGAAGCAAUUUUACUGAGGACAGCCAGUGACCUCUCCCAUUUUUCUGCUGUGGGAAUGAACAUAGUAAAAAAGUUAAUUCAUUCCUACAUGAGAUUGGUCUAUGCUGCUUUGUAUUCUGAAAAUCACAGGAUGAGCCGAGUGUGCCUUACCCUGUUGUCAGCAAUGGUGGCUCAGGGGCCAGAUUCAGCAAGGGAUGUGUAUAGCCAUUUUGAUUUCAAUAAUAAAUUUCUGCCUGGAUUAUUGAAAAAAAGAUGUAAGAAGGGGAGAGCUGAUGUUCGUAUGGCCUACAUUCAGUUUGCUCUUUCCUUUUUAAUUGCUGGUGACAAUGCAAUCUUGACACAGGUGCUAGAAUUAAAAGAUUUCAUUCCAGAUAUUCUUCGCUCUGAAAUAAAGGAAGAUAAAGUUUCUACUGUCAAUCUUCUUCUUUCCACACUAAGAACUAAGGUGGUUCAAAAUAAAACUAUCACCAAAACACAGAAGGUGCGCUUUUUUACCGCAGAGGUGUUGAUUCACAUUGCUUCACUUUACCGGUGGAAUGGGAUUACUGAUGUCAGCCCUGGGGAUUUAAAGGCGACUCAAGGUUCUGAAGAGAUGGGAAAAAUGAUGGUACGGGAACUUGUUCAUAAUUUCUUAAUGGACCUUUGCUGCUCUCUGAAACAUGGCAUAACUUUCUAUGAUCCAAGUCUUGGAACUUCUGGCAAGGGAGGAAAUGUGGUGCUUCUGCACUUUCUGCUUGGUUUAAAAACUGCAACAGAAGAUGAACUGGUUGCGGAUCUCAUGGUGAAUAUUCUUAAAGUAUGCCCAGAUUUGUUGAAUAGAUACUUUAAAGAGACCCGGUAUUCCUUUGUUCCUAGACUUAAGUCUGCUUGGAUGGACAAUAUGAAGUUACUCAGAAAGAUCUAUGAGGCUCAACCAGAGAUCUCCAGUUCUUUUAAGACUUCAGAGUUUAUUCCUCUUCCCAGGUUGCUUUCUAUGGUGAUGGUAACAACAAUCCCUGCAGUGUGCAAUAAAAUAAUGUUCACCCAAGGACUAAAUUUACCCAGCACAGUAGUGAAGCACAGCAUACUAUCACUUGUAUCAAUGAUUCUGAGAAGAGCCUUGAAGAAUAUUGAGUACUGUUUGAAUGAAGAAACUUGGCAAAAGUCAGAAAUCUACACCCUGUCAGUGAUGCAGGAAUUCGUACAGCUGUACAGAGAAGCCAUCAGCAAGCUUUUACCAGACAUGAAUAAUAUAGUGGCUGUCUGGCAGUCCCUUCUGAAGCAAGGAAGAGAACACCACAGUGGUCAAGAGGAGAAAAGGGGAGGUGAUGCCUCCACUGUGAAGGCAGUGACUGAGACAGCAGAAGUUGCUGAACAGCAUGGUUCAGAUGAUGCUGAGACACUGUUUCUGAAAGCUGCACUGCUUCAGGUCAUUUGCCUUUAUCAGAAGGUUGUGCCCCACUUGGUAGCACGGAGCAACUUUGAUUUUAGCAAGCUCUUGAAAGGUAUCGUCACUGAAAAGGGCCUCCGAGAGGAGGUCCCUCCUGUGCUGCAGCACCAUAUACUGAAAGUGGCUUUGGAACUUCCUGCAAAUAAAUUUGCCUGGUUCAGAGUACAGGAUGUCUCUGAGACAGAGAAGGUAUCUGGUGAAAAAUCAGUGUUCUAUUUACUGAUGAAAAUGUUUGUUACAAGUAACCAUUCUCAUCUGAAAAUUUCAACCAGAAAACUGAUCAUCAAGGUUUUACGUGACAGUGGGGUGUUUGAGUACACAUGGAAGGAACUUUCAGUUUGGCUGGAACACUUGGAUAAUACAAAAGAAGACAAAAAGGAAGCAGUGAUUCAAUUUUUGGAAAGGAUCCUGUUGAAACUUGUGACCAACCCCUAUCCGUAUACAGAUAAAGCAGCAGACCUUGUUCAGGAAGCCAGUAUGCUCCAAGUUAAUAUGCUCAAACAAGAUUCUGAUAAUGUCAGCAUCCCCAUCUCUCACAUUGAUGAUGUCCUGGAUAUGGUGGAUGUCCUAAUUGAGGGCAGUGAUGACUUAGAUGAAGAAAUUGGGUUCACUUUAAAUGAAGACAUGAUUAUCCAAACAUUUCCAUUCAGUGCUGUUGUUCCUGCUGCAUUGGAAGCCAGGAAUAUGUUGUUGCUUCAGACUGAAAAUGGAACAGGAGCACAUAUCGUAGAGUAUCUUGUUGCUGUUUUCACUGACCUCCUGCACUCUCAGAGAGAACCCCUUGCCCUCUGCUUGAUGUUCCAGCUCUACGAUAAAGAUCUGCAGUCCCUGAAAGUUUCUAAGUAUCCUCAGCUCUACCAAUUUAACCAGUACUAUAAACUCUGGAUACCCCAGCAAUCUCAGGAACCUGUGUUUAAAAAACCCAAAGAGGCAUGCAAAGAACCUGCUGUGGCCCUGGAUUCUGUAUUUACAACUUUGCUAAGGAAAGCCUAUGAGAGAGGAAGCAGUACCUUACUGGAGGACGAUAUCCAGGCAAAACUGAGAGACUUGGCUUCCCAGCUCCCGCCUGAACAGCUUUUGUUAGCAGUAAAGCAUGUGUUGCUAUACCUGAAAUCCGCAGUGGAGAACUUUGGCAGCCUUAGUAAAACUUUUGGUCCUCGCCUUAUUGUCCUCUAUGUGGACCUGCUGAACAGCUUGUUGUGCCGGGGAAAUCAGAUAGAGUUGAGUAAUCAGCAGAAGCGAGAAGAGCAUCAGGCUGAAUCAGAUCUCUUCAUGGAUGAGGAAUCUCUGAUUACAGAGGAGUCUUCAAAUGACAAGACACUAGAAGAUACACUGGUGUUGAUUUUCAGACAUCCUACACUGGAGAGUUGGUUCCUGGCUUUAGAACAACGUUCUCUUCCUCCAUCCGGUUUAAACCCAGUCGCUGUGAAGCUCCUGUCAGCUCACCUCAAUUCCAGUGUGCUUCAGCUGUUGAAAACGGGUGCCUCGAUCCUGCAGAGCAUGGAUCACAAACAUUUGUUAUCCAAGUAUUUUGAAGCUAUCACAAAAAGUGUCCUGAAAGAACUACAGGCAGCACGGAAAGACAGAAGCCAGGUCUCUGCCAAGAAGUCUCACCAGCUGGAGGCUCUGGAGGAGUUGCAUAUAUACAUGGCUGCAGCUCAGCUGAAGGAGAUCACUUUAACCAUGCUGCGACUUCCUGAGAUGAGCUUGACUACUCAGAAGUCUGAAAAAUCCCCUAGAAAAGGGAAACAGUUGAGCUUCUAUGGAGAGAUUUUGGUGCAGCUCCUCACAGAGAGCUACCAAAGGCAGCCCCAACAAGGAGAACUACUGUUGUCCACAGAGCACAUUAAAGCUUUGGGAAUAUUGAUGUCAGUAUCAGCCAGCAAAGAUUUGGAGAAAGUUUUUCUUCAGGUGCUCCGUAGCGAGCCAGUCCUUGCACAUGCAGUCAGUGUAGAGGUGCAUGUUCACUGCCUUAACCAGAGGUCAGAAACUUCCCUUGCCAUUGUGGGCAUGCUGAUAAAACACUGUAGGACUCACCUGCUGCAGUUCGAGAUGUGGUGUCUGAGCAGUGCCACUGGAAAGUACCUCAAGAAAAACAUGGAGAGCUUUCUUCCACUCAUUAAUGUGUAUUUGCAAUGCAGAGACCAGUAUGAUUUCACUCGACCUUCCUCAGUUGUCUCGGCUGUUACACCUGUCUUGAGGAAAGCUCUGUGGAAGGAGCUGUGUGCUGUACUUCAAGACAGAGAAGCAUCGCAUGAGACUACUAUGAAACUGCAAGUUCUUUCAAAGUUGUUGCCAUCUUCAGGAAGCAAAGGGCUGAGAAACCUUAUUGACCAGCUUCCUGCUGCUCUAGAGAAAGCAGAAAAUAACAAGAGUUGGACAGUGGCAGAUGCCGUAUCUAGAGUGCUUGAAAACUCUGAAGAGCUGCAUUCCUGGAGGAGACAACUGUUAUCAGCCUGCAUGAAGGGGUUAAUUGUCAUGUACAACAGCAGUAAAGAUGAAAGCCAGCAAGAGAUUGAGAGGCCCAUGCUGCUGAGGCUAGAAGAAUUAUUGCACUUAGUUGAAGAAGUAGACCCAGAUGACUGGUACAGCCUUGUGAAGGCAGGACUCAAGUACCGCUACAGAGAUGAAGCAUUUUUGAAAGUCCUGAACACUGCUAUUCAGUUAUUAUACAAGAAAGAAUCCUCACUUAGUCAGAGCUUAGUCAGGCUCUCCAAACUUCACAUGAUGGUCACGCAGCACUCUCUAUUUUUGUCAACCAUACUGAGGUCAAGAGAAGAAGAUGGCACGAACUUCCAGACAAGAGAGGCCUUGGUGGAUAUACUGCUGACAGUUGUGAAACUCAGCCCUUCUGUCUGUGAGAGCAGUCACCUUGCAGUGUUGCUGGGUUCCUACGGGGCUACUCUGAGCACUAUAGAUCAGAAGGUACUUCUACUGCUUCAGUUAUAUGAGAAGAAUAAACAAAGUCUCAUAAAUUCCAGAAUCCUGCUGUGGGGUCCAGCUGCUGUGGAGCAUCACAAGACUUGCAAGAGUCUAGGGAAGUCACUGUGGCAGCAGCCAAGCAUGGAGGAGAUUCUGUGUCUGCUAGAUCGAGAAAAGAUGAUGAAGACAAUUCUGUCGUUCCCUCAGCAUCGCCGCCUUCUGUCAUCACAGGAGAUAGAAGAGUCACUAUAUAGAGAUGAAAAUGUCAAGAACCUUGGUGACUUCUACGAUCCCUGUUUUCUACUUCAGCUGUUUAGUGAACUGACCAGACCAG